AUGGUAGCCCUGGAUCUAGAGAAGGCGUACAACCGAACCUGGAUUCCAUUAGUUCUUAAAACACUGGCUGACUGGGGGGUAGACGGCAACCUGCUGCACUUUGUUCAAAACUUCGCGACAAAGCGUACCUUUGAGGUAAAAGUCGGGAACACCAGCUCAAGGCGCCUGCAUGAAGAAACUGGUGUACCUCAAGGUUCCGUCUUAGCCGUCACCUUCUUCCUGAUAGCGAUGAACAGCCUGUUCCGAGUUAUACCGAAGGGAGUAUGCGUAUUCACGUAUGCGGACGACAUCCUUUUGGUAGUGGUGGGGAACACGCACAGGGCACCACGCAUCAAGAUCCAGGCAGCUACCAAUGCUAUCGGUAAAUGGGCUGUCGAACGAGGUUUUCGGCGCAAAAGAGUGGUCACAUGGUUGUAUGCAGUCACAAACACCAAGGUUGCAAUUCGGGAGUCAAAAUCUACAACGACCGCAUUCCCCGCCCACCAUUUCGGCGAGGUGAAGAAAAGCUGUGCCACCCGGUUAAACCUCUUAAAAACCAUCUCCAAACCUCACCGGAGUAACAACCGAACGAUCCGUUUACGGGUGGCCAAAGCCAUCAUCAAUAGCCGCCUCACCUACGGUCUCGAAGUGACAUGCCUGGCCAGAGAUAAACUCCUAAAAACUCUAUCACCGAUUUACAAAAAUGCACUACGGAUUAUCUCUGGUCUGCUACCAUCAACACCAGCAGCCUCGGUAUGCGCCGAAAUAGGAGAACCUCCGUUUGACAUUUUUAUGGACGCGGCGAUAGUUUCCAGAACUGCGAGCUUUCUCGCUAAAACCAGCGGAGGUAAGGAAACACACCUGACUGUUUUAACGAACGAAAUCUUGCAGCAGGUGACACACUCAAACCUUCCAUUGAUAGCUAAACAGCUUUGGUUUGGGACUAACGACUGGAGGUUGCCGGUGGUCCAAGUGGAUGAUACAAUCAGGAACAACUUUCGAGCUGGGGCGAGCUCUGUGGGUCUGAAGCAAACCUUCGUCGAACUUGUCUCAAGAAAAUAUCACAAUUAUGAAAUUCGCUACACGGACGGUUCCAAAGGGAUGCAAGGAGUUGGUUUCGAGGUAAGCGGUCAUAAUAACUCCCUUAUUUCCAGCAAGAAGCUCGUCGACAUUUGCCAGGUUUUCUCGGCCGAAGCUGCCGGAAUAUUUGAAGCUGCCACUAUACCGUCAAGCAAAUCGAUCCUGAUAGUUACCGACUCGGCUAGCGUCAUCGAUGCCGUUGGCGCGACUAUAACUAGGCACCCAUGGAUACAAGCUAUCAGGAGGUAUCUGCUGCCGGACACAGUCCUCAUGUGGGUCCUCGGACAUAGUGGCAUAGCCGGCAAUGAAGCGGCCGACCGUUUUGCUGGAAUCGGUCACCUUGGACAACUUUUGACGCGCAAAGUACCGCUAGACAACAUCAGACUAUGGUUCGCCAACACGUUCAAAACUUUCUGGCCGUUGAAGCGACGCUGUUCCUCCGGAGAAUCAAAGGAUCCAUCACCAGAUUCGAAGACGUCAAAACGAUGA